GUAGUUCAGUUACGUUAAUCAGCUCGAACAGUGCGCACGCACAACGGAAGUCGUUCCCGCUUUUUGGAAGAAUACUCUGAGCUCUCACAGGGUAUACAGCUGAAGAAUUAUUGUGCCUGGUGUAACUUCUAGUGUAGAAUAAAAGUUUCGCAAGUGUUUUUGAAUUGGUUUAAUCGCCGCGCAAGGAAUUGCGAUCACCUCCCCCUCUGUGAAACCGCAAACAGUGAUCACGUAACGCCCACCUCCUCAUAACGGCCGUGCGUUACGAUAGUUCAGAAGAGAGAAGAUCAAGUGUAACCCCCCCCAUCCCCACCCAGAACAAAAAAGAAAGAAAGAUCCCCCCAAAAUGAGCGUGGUGGCCAUGGAACGCAACAACGAUCUGUCGCUGACGGACGAGAAAAAGAUCGCCAACACGCCGGUCAUGGAGUUCUACCGCGGCAAGAACGUCCUGGUGACCGGCGGCACGGGCUUCAUCGGGCGGCUCCUGAUCGAGAAGUUGCUCAGAAUAAACGUCAAGCAGAUUAUUCUGCUGUCACGACCAAAAAAGGGAAAAACGGUUCAGCAACGAUGUGACGAACUGUUUGGCAGCGUCGUGUUCAUGAACCUCAAGAAGGACUACCCGGCGUUUAUUGAUCGUAUAAAAAUUUUAGACGCGGACCUACAACAUCCGGGCGUUGGUCUGUCAGAUGAGUCGAUCGACUACAUUGUGAAAAAUACCCAAAUCGUGUUCCACGCGGCAUCCGACGUCCGCUUUGACCAGGCCCUGAAGAAGGCUAUCGAGGUGAACGUGCGGGGUACCCGGGAUUUGCUGAGGAUUUGCGAGAAAAUCAUCAACCUCGAGCUGUUCAUCUACAUCUCCACGGCGUACUCCAACUGUCCGGAGGAGACCAUCAAGGAGGAGUUCUACCCGCCACCGUCGGACCCGGAGAAGAUGAUCCAGCUGGUGGAAGCCAUGGACGAGCACUUCGAGGACCACAUCAACAAAACCGUCAACGAGUUUAUCCAUCCCUGGCCGAAUACUUACGUGUACACCAAGGCGCUCACCGAAGAUGUGGUACGCCAAUUCGGUGAACUGCUCCCCAUCGCCGUUGUCCGACCGUCCAUUAUCAUCGCCACCAACGAGGAACCGAUCGAGGGUUGGACCGACAACAUCUACGGCCUGAACGGAGUUAUCGCCGGUAUUGCGUUGGGCAUCAUCCGGGUGAUGUAUCUGGACGACGUAAACAACGGCGACAUCAUCCCGGCGGACAUUGUCGUGAACGGAGUGCUGGCGGCCGGCUGGCAGACUUACGUUGAACGAUUUAUCUAUCAUCACCUCAGGAAACACGAACGUCCGGUGGAGGCCAAGAGUGGCAGCACCGACUCCAAGGGUGUGGUCCGACCUCGUACCAAAAUCUACAACUGCGUCACCGGAAACGACAACCCAAUCACCUAUCAAAAAAUUUACGACUACUCCAUCCAAGUUGGUAAACACUGUCCCCCGAAGCGGUCCCUGUGGGUGGUGUGUCACAACACGACCAAGAGCAAAUUCCUGUACGAGUACUACAAGUUCCUGUACCACCUAGUGCCCGCGUUCCUGAUCGACACUUAUCUGCGGGCGAUUCGACGAACACCGCGCAUCAUGGACCUGUACAGGAAGGUGCACAAGUUCGCCACCGUCAUCUCGUACUUUGCCAACGGCCGGUGGCACUUUGAGAAGGAAAACAUGCGGGCCCUGGUCAAAAAACUGUCCCCGGACGAUCAGGCCAUGUUCCCGUGUGAUAUCGCCAAGCUCAACUGGCGACUACUUCUGGACGUACAUCCACGGCCUGCGACGACACAUCGCCAACGAGCCGAUGGACAACCUGGAGGAGGCCAAGAAGCGGCACCGGCAGAUGCGCUUCGUGCACUACUUCAUCGUGGCCGCGUACUACUUCUUCUGGCUGGCACUGAUCUUCUACAUCUUCAAGUGGUUCCUGUUUUGAGGCCACCAUUGAGUAACAGUCUAGAGAGUAGAACUUUGUUGUGUAUAGGUUGUGUUUUCUUCAGACCCCACGCUGCUGUGUUUCCGCUUCCGCCGUGUGCUCAAAGAUUUUGUUUUUUCUCCGGUUUCCGUCGAUGGAAGCUGGAACGAAUGGAGCGGCCAAACACUUGUACAUUAUUUUUUUUUGUUACCCUGCAAUACCAGCCCCAAAAUGCACCUCGAUUAAACGACGAAUUCGUUGCUAACGCGGGCGCCGUAACGCGAUCCUCACCAGUCAGUACGAUGGAAACCGUUGAACCAGUUGUGCCUAACGAUGUCGAGCUGCCGCCGCAACUCCUCCUUGGCUCCGGAAAGGCGAGCCUGGACGAGUUCGAGCGGUACCGGUCCCCGCUGAAAGAUUUCUACCAUGGGAAAAUUGUGUUCCUGACUGGAGGUACUGGAUUUUUGGGGAAACUCUACGUGGAAAAAUUGAUACGAUGUGGCGUAUCAGAGAUACUACUCUUGUCGCGUGCUAAAAAGGGCAAAACUCCGUACGAGCGGUUGGCUUCGAUUCUGGGCUCGGAACCGAUCUUCACCACCUAUCACAGCAAUCCGGAACACUACCACGACAAGAUCAAGAUCAUUGACGGGGAUAUCAGCAAGAAUCAGCUAUCGAUUAGCAACGACGAUUUGUCGUAUGUAGUCAACAAUGCCAACAUUUUCUUCCACGCGGCUGCCGACGUGAGGUUCGACGAGUCACUCAAGGAAUCCGUUGAGACGAACGUGCGCGGCACGCUCGAGGUGCUGAAGAUCGCAGCUCAGGCCAAAGUGCUGGACGUGUUUGUGUACAUUUCAACGGCAUUUUCCAACUGUACUCGUAAUACCAUCGAGGAGAAGUUUUACAAGCCACAGGUUGAUCCGCACCUGCUGAUCAAACUGGUGGAGAUGGAACAGGACGAGGAAAGCUUCGAGGUGCUCAGUCGCAAAAUCAUCGAACCGUGGCCAAACACCUACGCGUUCACAAAGGCACUCGCAGAAGACCUUGUGCGGCAGUUUGCGGAUAAGGUCCCCGUCGCGGUCAUUCGGCCGUCAAUUGUAACAACAACUUCGAGCGAUCCCAUCCCCGGUUGGACGGAUAACCUGUACGGGUUCAACGGGGUAGUUAUUGGGGCUGCAACUGGAGCGCUAAGAAUUUUCCACAUUAACAACGACUUCCGGGCGGACAUCAUUCCAGCGGAUAUCGUCAUGAAUGCUACCCUAGCUAUAGGUUGGUACGCCAAGAACCAUCCAGAUGAGACCAACAUCAUUAAUUGCACCGCGGCGGACAAUCCCGUCACCUGGGGCAUGGUCCGAACCGAGCAGAUGAAAUGGAAGGGCAAAAUUCCAUUUUUGAAGUCGCUCUGGAUCCCAACGUACAACACCACCCGUUACUACGUACUCUCCGAAAUCCUCAAAAUAUUCUACCACCUGAUCCCGGCUGUCCUGUUUGACCUGGGACUUCGCUUCAACAGCCAAAAACCUCAGAUCGUGAAGCUAUACCGUAAGGUGCAUAAAUUCUCCGAAGUGCUUUGCUUUUUCACCAACAACGAGUGGGACUUCCGAAACGAGCAGUUCCACAAGGUACUGGCCCAGAUGAGCGAAGAAGACCAACGGUACUUCCCGUGCGAUGCCAAACGAAUCGAUUGGAAGGAUUUUCUGGCGCACAACGUCAUAGGUCUGCGGAUGUAUCUCAUGAAGGAAAAAUGGGACAACCUGGAGCAGGCACGGGCACGAUAUCGGAAACAAUGGAUGGCCCACAUGGUGUUUUUGGCCAUUUUCUACGCCGUCAUGGGAUAUUUGCUGUACAAACUAUUCUUAGAAGCUGGACUGAAGGAAAUUUUGGGAAGUUGGUUCGUGUAACAAUUAAAGUUUGCUGAAUUUUUAAAUUUUAUUUUGUUUUCAAUAAAAGUUUUAUAUCUGACUGGCUUACACUCUA